AAAUGUAUCAAUUGUACUAAAAAUAAAAUAAAACAAAAUAAAGUUACAUUCCUUUUUUAUAAUAAUAAUAAUUAAGAAGAAAAUAAGAGGAAAAAACUUGAACGCUGCCUUAAACAACCACCCCAAUUUCAAAGCAGCUCUUCGUUUACCUCUCAAGCGAUGCCUUUUUCAAUUUCUUAAAUCUCUAUAAUCUGAAAGCAACAAAUCUCUUCCCUGGUUGGAGAUUGACCAGAAACUCUACGACCCAGAAAAGAGUUAUCAUCCAUGAAAUUUUUUGGAGAUAAAAUUACGAUGUCCAUCAUUGUCAAAUGCCGAUUCUGGUUCGUCGUCUUGGCCUCUUUUCUUUUCUGGUAUUUAUUGCUUUGCUUUUGUAAUUAUAAUUCAACAACCACUAAGGGUUCCAUCACAUUCAAAUUUGAAAAUAUGAUUGAGCCUAUACCAUUUUAUGAAAACGAUACCUUGUUCGGUACAAAAACAGAGGAUAUUAACAAUAUUCUUAUCAGAACAGAAAAUGGGGACAAACCCAGUAGUGAUUUUCACAUUGUCAAUAAUGGGUUAAAAGGUAUUGAUCAUAUUUUGGAGCCUGAUAAUCGUCUCGCGCCAUCGGCUAGUGAGGUUCAUAGCAAAGAAAACAUAGAGUUAGAUACCAAACCCAUAAACGACACAACGCGAGAGCGAGAAUCCAAUGAAGAUUCAGAUUCAUGUGCAGGCCGAUAUGUCUACAUUCAUAAUCUACCAAGAAGGUUCAACCAAGAUUUGUUGAAGAACUGUGCUUCGCUUAGUAAUUGGACUAAUAUGUGUGAGUUCACAUCAAACUCUGGUUUUGGUCCUCCUCUUUCAAAUCCCGGGAAAGUGUAUUCGAACAGAGGUUGGCAUACGACGAACCAGUUCUCAUUAGAGGUCAUAUUCCAUAAUAGGAUGAAACAAUACGAAUGCUUGACAAACGACACGUCGUUGGCUUCGGCUUUCUUCGUGCCUUACUAUGCUGGUCUUGAUGUUGCGCGGUAUCUUUGGGGUUACAACAUAUCCAUGAGAGAUUCAGACUCACUCGGGCUUGUCAAAUGGCUAAGACAGAAGCCCGAGUGGCGAAAAAUGUCGGGCAGGGAUCAUUUCCUCGUCGCGGGAAGGAUAACAUGGGAUUUCAGGAGGCUAAGUGAUGAGGAAUUCGAUUGGGGAAACAAGUUUCUCUUCUUACCCGAGUCAAAAAACAUGACGGUUUUGACAAUCGAAUCAAGUCCUUGGCAUAACAAUGACUUUGCCAUACCGUAUCCUACUUACUUUCACCCUUUGAAAGAAGUUGAAGUGUUUCAAUGGCAGAACAGAAUGAGAAGGCAAAGAAGGCCUUUCUUGUUCUCCUUUGCCGGUGGCCAAAGGCCUAAUAUUAGAGACUCGAUUCGCGGUGAGGUCAUUGAGCAAUGCAGGGCUUCUAGGAAGAAAUGCAAGCUGUUAGAAUGCCGUGAUGGAUCAAACAAGUGUCAAAAGCCAGAAUUCGUUAUGAAAAUGUUUCAAAGCUCUGUUUUUUGCUUGCAGCCUCCGGGGGAUUCGAGUACUCGAAGAUCGGCUUUCGAUUCAAUCUUGGCAGGGUGUAUUCCUGUCUUUUUUCAUCCGGGUUCGGCUUACAUUCAAUAUUUGUGGCAUUUGCCUAAAAGUUUUACAAACUAUUCUGUGUUUAUACCUGAUAUUGAUGUCAAAAAGAGGAAGGUGAGCAUUGAGAAGACUCUGCUUCAAAUACCGAAACAGAAAGUUGCAGAAAUGAGAGAAGAAGUUGUAAGAUUGAUACCAAAAGUGGUAUAUGCUGGUUCGAAAUUGAAGAAUCUUGAUGAUGCUUUUGAUAUCUCAGUCAAAGGAGUUGUCGAAAGAGUGAGUAGAAUAAAAAGAGAAAUGGAGGAGGGUAAGGAUUCUAGUUUGGAUUAUGCAGAAGAAGUGUCAUGGAAAUACAACUUUUUUGGGACAGUUGAAGAUCAUGAAUGGGAUCGUUACUUUGAAAAGACAUAGUGAAAUUUUGAUUGGUUUAGACAUUAUAAGAAAACUUAUUAGGGAAUAUUUUUGUAGUUGUUGUUGUAAGAAGCUAGCUAAACUAGUAGUCUCCCCUCAAAAACACUAUAGUCAAUGUUUAUUUAUUCCUUUAGUUGUUGAUUUUAUUUGUAGUAAUUUACAAUUUUGAAUAUUCCAUUAGAAAUUAUACCCACACUACUGGUAAUCAAUCAAAAUCAAGUGUUUGGCAA